CUCGGUGUUCAAGUUUAUCUUAGUGGAUGAUGAAAAUCAGAAAACAACACGGAAAUCCCCACCGAAGUUCGAAAACACAGGGUUUUGACCUACGACCAGAAUGUCAGCCAAUCAGCACUCGACAGGGAUUUCCCGCUAUUUUUCGUCUCCCGCUGGCCUGGUCUCUCGCGCCAACAUGGCUGCCGCGCCGUCCCUACUGAAGUUAGGGGACGAAUUUCUCACUUGGGCAGAGUUUAAGGCAGCACUGGACAACUAUCAAGAAACAACACAUGCUGAGCUCAGUAAGAUCAGUAGCAAGAAGGUGGAAACUGAGAACAGGAAAUUACCUGAAGGCGUCCAAAAGUUUCCGUGUGCUCAUGUUUAUAAAGCGGUGAAGUUUGGAUGUAUUCAUUACGGGAAGCCGCGCCUGUCAGGGUCGGGAAUCCGGCCAAAUCAGUCGCAAUUCUGUAUGGCCUCCACAAGAUCAAGGGAAUCAGCAUGGAGGCAGCUCAGCAACUGAUGGAUAAGGGACCAGAGCGAUCCCCUGAAGAGACGUGGUACAGGGACUAGAAAGAGGAGGAGAAGAACCAUCCACCGGACAUUUUAGCUAGUUU